CCGCCAUGUUGGGGCGGGGCUUAGGCUUCCAGGGGGCGUCUCCGGGGGGGGAGUGGCCAUAGACUGCCUUCCUGCCUCCAUUCCUAGCCUGGCGACUGACCUUACAGCUCUUCCAGUUCGUACAUGUAGACGGAAUGAGGGAAAUGGACGAUGGCCAUUGGCGCAAUCUGGACGCCUAUAAAGAAACACAUGCUUAUCUCUCAGGGUUCUGGAGGCCGGAAGUUCAAGAUCAAGGCAACGCUGCCUGCUCUGGACCCUUUGAAAGGAAAUCGGCUCCAGAAACCAGAUGAUCACAGUCUUGCUGUGUUUCACAGAGCAUGUUCCGGUUCCGUUGAUGUCUUCCCCAUUACCUCCCCUGCUGUGUUUGACCUUCAGCCCCUCACUGUGAAGGAUUCGGUUAGCGGCCAUGUGCCGUUGCUAACAAGAUACUUCAAUUGUGUGCUGUUUGAGUCUCCUACUGAAGAGAGGCAAAUGACAAACCGGGAAAGAGCUUCAACCAGCAGGACACAGGCUUUUGUGUCCAUCACGUGUGGGUUCCUGCCAGUUAGGGAAGACAGGAGCUUUUCCAGCAGGAAAGCAAGCCAGCCCGUGCACAGGCAACCUCAGACAGUACCGGGCACCCUCCUGCUGACGGAUCCCCCGCCAGUGGUGGAGAAGAGUGGCCCGUGUAUCAGCCUGGAAGAAACAGAUGCCUCUCCCUGCCACCUCCGCGACCGAGACUUUCGGCCAGCGGACACUUGUCCUCUUGUAGCUGGCCUUCACCCAUCCUUCCUUCCUGUUGGCACCCCACUGACACUUCCGGGCUUCACUGUCAGGGUAGGAAUGUGACUGACUGGAGUUUGGCCAAUGGAUGCUGUCUCACGACAAUCUUGAGUACUGACUGUGGGAGGCAGGGGUAGAAGUUUCCGACGAAGAGUUCCUGCUUUGAGACAAAUGCAGGUUUCCAGCUGUCAAGGCUCCUGGAGCACGCCCAGUGUCCUUUCCCACCGGUUCUGUCAUUCUGUGACUUGUGACCAGUCCCCUCCUUCACUUUAAGUGAAAGACUACUUAUUCCCAGGACUGAUUUUUUAAAACAUUCACUGGCUGAGCUUCCUAUCUGCAAAACACACGGAGAUCAACAACACAGUUCAGUUUGCAACCUGGAUGACAAGGGACUGAUUUCCUUCAUAUAUAGAGUGUCCACACAUCGUUGAGGCCAAUAGAUCAAAAGAAAGGUGGGCAAAUGGUCACUAGUAAACAAGUAUCUUAAAAGAUGAAAAUAUUGCCGCAGAUAAAAUUACAGUGAGAUGCCACACCUCACGGGCAAAGAUAAAAAAAAUAAUUGAUAACAGGUGGUUCUGGUGAAGAAAUGGAGACACGGGCGUACUUCACCCUUAUUGGAAAAGUUUACAUUGAGGUGUUCUCUUUGGAAGGCAGUUCGGCAAUACUCGAAACUAAAAUCGAAUAUGCCUUUGGAGAGUUCUAGGAAGUUACCCCUGUAAACUCAAACAUAUGCCCAAAAUAUGUACAAGACUGUUAACAGCGAUCACGUAUACUGGGGGCUGGCCAACCACAGCCUGGGGGUUAAAUCUGGUCAGCUGCCUGCUUUCGUAAAGAAGGUUUUAUUGGCACGCAGCCAAACCCACACAUUUACAUACUGUCUGUGGCUGCUUUGGGGCCAGGAGAGCAGAGUGGUUGUACCGGUCUGGCCUGCAAAGCCGAAAAUAUUUACUCUCUGGCCUUUUACAGAGGAAGUCUGUUGACCCCUGAUUUGUGCGGAUUCAAAAAGCCCCGAAUAACCUGUUAUCCCUUGAUAGGUGCCUGGCAAAAUAAAUUACGGCACAUUCAUAAGCAGGAAUAGAAUACAGGUAUUAAAAAAGAGAGACUGGGAUGUGAUUCCCUGUCUGGAGCGAAGGCAUCUUUCCUCUAUAUAUGCUUUUGCACUCAAGUUUUAUUAUACUUUUUAAGCCAUUAAAAAUAAAAGCGGAGCUUCCCGAAGUAUGGAGAGGGUGAAGGCGCAAGGAGAGGUCAUCCUGCUGUUAGGAACUCAUGUACCAGAGUGCCACCUGCUCAGGCAGUCUCCGGUCUCCCUGGGUCAGGGCUGCUGGGUCAGACGUGAGAGGGGAACGGCCUGCCCUCCUUGGUCGGCAUUUCCCGAUGCCCCAACCACGGAGUCAAGCCUCUGGACAAACACAGGCACCAAAGGAAGUGAAGGCAGCCAGGGCAGAGUGACCGCCAGAAGGACUUGCACCUUGGCUUACGCUGUGGCUCUGAGGAAGCCUGUGGGCUGGACCAGGCCGGCCGUGACAUCCUGGGCUGGGUCCCUAGGCGACUUGCAGUGGCUGCAUCAGGACCCCGCGGCUGUCCUCGACGGGACCAGUCUGAUGGGGGCGGGGCACCCUCCAGCCCGGGCAGCUCGAGGCCCCGUCGCCUCCCGGGACCCGCCCAGGCAGAGGCACAGCCAUCAGCGGCCCCGGGGCUGGGAAGGAACCUUAGGCAGGUGGCAGCGCUUCCGUCCGGAAUUGUUUAAUGAGUCUACUUCUUACACGCAUAAUUAUAAAAGAAUAAGAAUCGACAAAAAUAUUUUCUUUCCAUAA